AUGUGAAGAGGGCAUCUUGAAGAGAUCCCCAUUUCAGUUGAUUAUGAACCAAAUCCAAAGGAAGAAAUCCUCUGUGGAAAAGGGAAAACUUCAGUGCUCAUCAGGCACUAGAUUCUUCAGGGGCUUACACACUGGGAAAUCUGACGGCGAAAGCAAAAGAGAAAGUGAAGGAGCAGAAAUCAGUAACUCUAGACCAGAUAAUCAGAAUGAGGAGCAAGCUCCCCAUGUAGCAGACAAACCUCCACAUCUCAUUUCCAAAACAAACACAACAUCUGGUAUGUGGAGCGUUAAGCAGUUCAUGCAGAAACUGGGUAAGAAGCCCAACAGCAAGAAUAUGGACCUAAAUAAUUGUGAAUUAGAUGCAACAGAUUUAUUGGAGCUGGUUGCUGUGUUACCUUUUCUACCAGAGCUGGAGGAGCUCAAUCUUUCCUGGAAUGAUUUUGUGGGAGGGGUUCUGAAACCCCUUGCUCUUCGGCUCCAUCAUGUGAGCAAAUUAAAAAUCCUCCAACUAAACAACUGCAAGUUGACAGCUGAGGAUGUUACUUCUUUAGGAGAGGCACUUGAAACCAUUCCUCACCUUGAAGAACUGGAUUUAUCCUGGAAUAAUAGCAUAGGUGGAAAACUAUCCGUCUUGACCAAAAGAUUCCAGACAGGCUGCAAGAUCAAAAUCCUAAAAUUUACAGAUUGCAGUCUAACAGCAAAAGAUGGAGAAUCUCUAGCUCAGGUUCUAAAUGUCAUCCAUGACCUUGAAGUAUUAGAUAUUUCUAUUAACAGAAACAUUGGCUGCAGUCUGAAGAGUAUUGCUCAGGAAUUGAAAAAUGUGCCAGUUUUGAAAGAAUUACAUUUGCACAUGUGUGGAUUAAAGCAAGAUGGCCUCCAGUAUUUAGACAGGGCUUUCCAGUACUUACCAGAGCUAAACAAAUUAGACCUAUCGUGCAAUAAAGAAAUUGGUGGAGGGUUUAAGGACUCAGCAGCUCAUUUGGCCAGUUUUAAAGACCUAGAAGUCCUGGAUCUCCACCAGUGCUGUGUAACAGAAGAGGACAUGGUGGUUCUCACACAGGUGAUACCUUUACUCUCGAGUCUUCAGGAGCUGAAUUUAUCAUCCAAUAAAAAUAUUGGAGUGUCUUCCAACUACCUUUUUAGCAGGCUCAGAUUUUUACCAAAGUUGAAAUCUGUGAUCGUCAGCAGUUGCUCCUUAGGGGAAGAUUCUUUUGCGUCACUAGCUGAGACUGCCCUUCACCUCCCUGAACUGGAGAUAUUAGACCUUUCUUGGAAUAAAUGCGUUGGUGGGAACCUAAAGCUGCUUUUGGAAGCACUAAAGCUGGCAACGGAGAUUCGAACGUUGAGACUGAGCAGCUGUAAUUUGGUGGCUGAGGAUCUGACUCUUUUAGCAUUAGAGGUCCAAGCUGGUCAUCUAGCCAAAUUACAGACCCUAGACCUGAGUUAUAAUGACAGUGUUUCUGAUGAAGGAUGGGCCACUUUCUUUCAAGACUUAACUGCACUCAAAGAACUUUCAGAGUUGGACGUCAGUCUUCGGCCAUCAUCUUGUCGUGACUGUGGAAUGUGGUUUAGCAAGUUGUUAACAGAUUUGUCAAAGCUGCCUGCAUUCACAGAGAUAGGGAUGCAAAGGUGGGCCCUUCUGGAAUCACAGCAGAGACAACUGGAAAGCUUUAAGCAGGACGCCAAAAGGAACGUUCACUUUGACUAUUGAUGCAGGGCCUGGGUUUAUGAAAAGACCUUUCCAAGUAGCACAUGCAUUAUGUAUUGUGUGAUUCUGACUCAGAAAAUAGCCUAUUUUUUACUAGUAAAUUUGUUUUCAUCGUGUCUCUUGAAAUAGUCCCCAACUACACAACGUUAUUUGAUGUGUGAAAUACACAGAUAACUCCAUUUGAUCACAUAAACUCCAAAUGUCUGGGUAUGUAAGGAAGGUCUAUCUUUCUUAUAUACAUAUCUAACUGUUUUUAAUAAGCUACCUUUUAAAUGUGAGCCUCUUCUGCCUCAUUUGUGGUAAUGCCCUUAAGCAUAUUUGCUGAUAGAAAGGUUGGAGCACGUUGGAACACUUAUUCAUAAUUCAGGACUGCACACAAUUCUGGCCCCUGUAUGCUAUGCCAAUGACAUAUGGGGGCUAUAAAAGGACCACAGCAGAUUGAAGGACAAUUCCCAUGGCAAUGCUGGGCUGCAGAGCAAGCCAUAGGCAUUCUGGGUACGACUGCAACAAAUUACAGGAUCCCUUGGGGCUCUUCCUGCUUAUGUGAGGGUCUGCUUCAGCCCCUGCAACAAUCUUUAUUGCCCUCUACCUAGACUACUCUGUGUUGCCUCUCUCAGUAGGUACAGCCAUGGAGUCUAGCCAUUAGCAUUAAGGGUCUGAUCCACUGCUCCUUGAAAGCAAUGGGACUCUGUGAUGCAGUGUGCUCCUCACACCAGCCCUGAGAGAGUUGAAUUAGGACAGGUGGGCCCAAUCCAUCAAUUAAGCUCCAAAUGGGGGAGGUUUAGGUUGCUUGGAGGGCACUAAUUAGGAAGAAGCUCAACUGUGAGGGAAGAGGCAGGGCCUCUAUAAAGCCAGGAAGCUAGCAACAGAGAUGAGUUUGCAGAUCUUCUCCCUUACCCCAGGGAGAAGCAGCAUGGUAGGAAGGGGUCUAGGGAUGAGAGCAAUAAAGUGGGUGUAAACACAGACCUUAAUAGCUUUUUACAGGACCCUGAAUUGGAACCUAGAGUAGUGUGUGGGCCUGGGUUUUCCUACCAUCUACUGCAGAGUGGUACUGCUAGGAGCAGUGAAUGGGAAGACUGCCUGAGUUACUGUGGGACAAGACAGCAGGUUUGAGGCCUGCCUAAUGCUGCUGGUGGAAGAGAGACCUUAAGAGACUCCCUUAGAAGGGGAAACCACAGUGUAAUCUGGCUGGAUGGAUGAGUCACAAAGCAGCUGUGUUGGAAGUCUGUGGAGUGGAUUGAGAAUGGCAUGUGGGAAGAGAAGAAAGGGAUUGCUGAACCAGCUGGAGCUAACUGCCAGCAGGAGGUGCCAUCCAGUGUUUUUGAAUCUCAGCAAAAAUUCCAAGCCCCUUCCGCACCAUCUGCCCACGCCACCAAGCCUGGAUCUGAAAGAGAGGAUGGAACAAUAUUGUUACCUAGAGAAGAAGAGGGUGACUUGACUUGAGCACUGCUGGCUAGUAUUGAUGCAAAAAGCUGAAUGCAUUGGGGUCUGCUGGAGUAAACUGAGGUUAAAUUCAUGGUUAAACUAAAUUUAAAGUAAGAUGUGCCAACCAACUAAAUUAUAUUUUUCAGAUUAUUUCCAUGUGCUAUUUUAAAAUUAAACUAAAAUUUCUCUAAGGGAGGGAACACUCUCAUUGUUGUUCUCUCAACGCUUUGGUCAAGGCAAGGACUUCAAGUGGAGAAGUCAGCUUCCCAACUUUAAAUGUCACUAUUUGGCUGUUAUGUUAGCCCAUGUACCUACAGCCAAUUUGGACCUAGCUAAUGGUCCUACAUUGGAUCCAAUGAAAGGGAAGUUGUUUCCUUUCAGAUGUUGGGUAGCAAUGUGUUAGAAAUAAGAGACAAUAACUGGGGGAAGGGAAGAAUUUGAAGUACAGGAGAAUCAGCAACUGAGGACCUGCCCCUUGUUCCUCAUCCCCAUCUUUUGAGCAAAAUGAUGCUAUUGCCUACUGGUGCUGUACACUGAGCUUCUAAUAACCAUCUAGGGCAGUGAUACUCAAACCUCAGUGGUUCAGGAGCCAAAUUAGCAAUCACUAUUACCCAAAAGAGCCACAGUAAUUGUUUCACUUUCUCUUAUAUUAUAUAAUUAGAAUCUCACAGCAAAACAACUAAGUAUUUUACAAUUGGUUAAUAACAUAGUACAAGCAUCCUGAUUGGUUGUUAAUUAUCACUGUUUUAAUAUGUGCUACAAAGAGCUCCAGGAAACACAUUGAAGAGCCACUUGCGGCUCCUGAGCCUCAGUCUGAGUAUCACUGAUCUAAGGCCAUUCCAGGCUGAAUCUUUGUGCCUCCAGGUUCUACAGUCUUGGGACUAAAGGAUGCAGUUUAUAGCUUCUUCCCCAAGCAAGGAUUUGGCUUAAUGGCUCUGCAUUGUGCAUGGACCCAGUGGCCAUUCCCCUGCCAAUUCCCCAUUUGGUAAUGAGAUAGAGACUCCAUAGAACACAAGGAGGUAUCUGCUGCUUUACUGCCCCAUCAUAGCUGACAGAAUUUUUAAGAUACUUCAGGACCUUGCAUGCAUGCCCUGUAGAAUGUUGUGUAAAACACUGGGUUAUUAAUGCAAUUUGUGCAGUGUAUUAGAUCUCUUAUGCCUUGUACCUUUGUAGCCUUGGCCUUUUGAUGCCUCUUUUCCUGUAAAUACUCCCUGAUAGCCAAGUUCCCCUGGCUGCACACCUCAAUUGGAGGGUCUGUCAUAGGGUUCCCAUCCAGCAAGACAAGCUGCAGCUUCUGAAGAUUGUCCAAGUUUUCUGGGAGUUGGAACAACUGAUUGUUCUGAACAAGCAAUCUUUGCAAACCUGAACAAAUAAAAUCACAAAACUGCAAUGCACAGACUAAUAAUAAUCUGGAGUGUUCCCCUGGGUGUGCUUACAAUUAAACAAUGUAUUGCUGGGGUGUGAAAUAUUUACUCUGUGUAUAUAAAUAUUUCCCAGCACAUCAAUAGGUUGUUUCAUUCUAUAGUAUAAAGAGAUUUUUCACAGGAUUUCAAGAACACCAAUAUGUUUAUUUUAAUGGUAUGAUCAAAAUUCUUUUUUUCUACAAAAAUAUCAACAAGGGUGUUACUGAUGUUGUGCCUUUCUACUUCCACAGCCCUGACUUAUAAGUUUUUAGGCUUCGGCUCAAGAUAAUUGCAAGAAUACAAAAUUGUUUUUCCCCAAAAUUAGGAACUAGAGUGAAGCACUCAACAGAAAGCUUCAUUUCCUAAAUGAUACGCCACACCCUGAGGUGGGUCGCUGGCAACGAGAAAUAGACUUGGGAGCUGGGGAUCUUAAAGUAUGAUCCUCUAAGCUUAAAAGACACCAGUCUGUUAGCCAAGGCUGAAUCAGGCUUAUUAACCUCUAUUUGUGGCCCAACCACCACUAGGGGAGGAGAGAAGGCCACACUGAGUGGGUGUGGGUUACAUAAACACCACCUACACACUGCAUCUGUGCCGCAGACUCGGAGUUUUGUGAAGCAGCAAAAUGCUUUCUUGGUAAGAAAGCCGCAAGAAUUGUUAAUUGUUCUACUUUGUCAUAAAUUGACCAAUCUGAAAAAACAAUGCCACUUAUAUCUGCGGAUCAUUAACUUUCCCGUGGUGUAUAUUGAUCUGAAUCUAUUCAAUAGGGAAAGUCUUCAACCGAUCAUCAAACAAUAAGAAUUUUUAAUAAUACUGAUUACUCAAUCUAGUCUCUUUUUUGGACCAGAAAAGGUGUCUGGGUGAAAAGAGGAAGAUUUUUUUGAACUCUGAAAUCCCUGCUUAAACCUGUGCCCUUACAGACAGAAAUGCAUAGGAUGUUUUUUCACCUUGUACUUGACAUAUGGAGUCUGGGAGUUCUUUAAGGAGGUUGUUGUGACAGUCAACUAUUUCUAGGUUGCUCAGUAAGCCUAUGGAAGGUGGCAGGUACUCCAGACAAUUGUUCUCUAGGUACAGCUCUUUCAGAUUCUGGAAAAAAAAUGCAUGAUUUUCUAUUUUAAAAAAAAAAAAAGGAUUUGUUUCCUUAGGGAGAUCAUUGAACAAUGCACAACUGAACAUUGGCAAAUGCAAAACAUACGACUAGGGUGAUAGCAUUGUUAGGUGCUCAGAUACUAUGGUAAUGAGUGUGAUAUAACUGGAUAAAUUUAUCCAGCAGUGUUUGAGCAUCUCUUUAAAGUGCAGCAUGACCUAUCAAGGCUUGAGGAUUUACUUCCUUUGCCUUGGUUCAUAGUUAUGCACAUGCACUAUGUGGUCCUUCUGUCACUCCUGCAUGCUAGCAACCUCUUGAAAGGUAUAGCGGCUGCUCUGUAGGCAGGCAGAGAGAAGGGAAAACAUGAAUUCCAUCAGCAAUUGUAAAGUGGCUUAUUGCCUAGGGCUUAGUGGUGAUUGAUCACCCAGUAAAACAUGGGUUUAACAAUGUUACAGCCGGGGAUCAGAAAGAUAUACAUACAUAACCUAUUCCACAUAGGGAGAUGGAAAUAAUAGAGAGAAUCUAUGUGAAAUAGGUUACAUAUAAUAUAGAGAUAUCUAAGUUUUGGGUCCAUCAACUUUAACAAGACCUGUUUGUUACAAAUGUUUUACCCAAUCAGAGCCAACUCCAGGUACCAGCCCAGCAAGCAGCUGCUUGGGGUGGCCAACGGU